UAUCGGGCCGUGAGUACUACAUUAGUGAUCGGCGGCAUCGAGCAGCAGAAGGAGGAGGACCGGCAAGCAGCAGUCAGAAGAAGCGCGCGCGACACGCAGUCGGUAUCCGCUCGCCGUCGUAGCGACAAGCAGGAGACGGAAGACUUAUUAAAAAGAAGAAGGCUGCUUCUACGACUACUAACUACUACUACUACUACUGCGACGACGACUACUUAAUUGCUGUUUUCGGGGUGUCCUCUUUUUCGUCUCUAUAUCCGCCCGCGUGCGUGUUAUUUUUCCACACACUCACACACUCUCUCUCUAUCAUCCUUUCAUUUUAUCACACUCACACACUAUACACUCUCUCUCACUCCUCUCGCAUACACAUAAACACACGCAAUCCGCACGCAACGUGACGCCCAUACCACCAGUCAGCCGCCCAACGGGGUAUAUACCCUCGCCGUCAGUAGUAUCCAGAGAGAAAGAGAAAGAGAGAGAGAGGGAAAGGAGAACCUGUAGAUAUAUAUAUCUCUCUCUCACACACGUGUGAGAGAGUUUGUGUUUGUGUGUCUCGUAGUGGAGAAGAUUUUGCGUGUGAAAGACGCACACGGACACACAGACAGACAGACAGACAAUAAAACACAUGUCUGGAGUUAUGUGGAAGUGUUUGAGUUUGCGGUGAAACUUUUUAAAAAAAUAUUUUUUAAAUAAACUUUCUAAAAUUAAGAAAAAAGAUCAUUGAAAAGCACGUGUGACGCCAUACGGAAAUUCGCUCUAAAUUAAGAGACUGUUUUUUUUUUUUCUCCGUCCUCUCCUCCGGCGGGCAAGGGAGGAGGAGGGAGGGCGCGCAACCUACAUUUACCGAGUCGCGCCCUCGUCUGGAGAAAAAGCUGUCGGCGUUGUCGUCGUGGACGCGAGGGGCAUCAUCAUAGCAGAGGGAGAGAAAGAGAGAGAGUGAGAGAGAGAGAGAGAUCACAUUCCUCCGGAGGGGGAAGGGGCCAUGCUGGAGCUCAACCAGCCUCCUCCGCCUUCGACCACCACCACCAGUGCCGCCGGCGGGAUGCUGUCCUUCCUCUCCAACAUGGAGAACCGGGGCGGCGGCGGCCUGGUCCUCAACCCGCCACUGGCCGCCCUCCACACCAUGACGGACAUGAAGUCGCUCUACGCCCAGCAGCAGCAGACGGUCAAGUCGCUCUCGCCGCAGUCGCCGCCCCAGCUGUCGCCCCAGGGGCUUUCCCCGCAGGAGCUGUCGGCGGCGUACGCCGCCGCUGCCGCUAGCAGCAGCCAGGGCGGCGCCUCUUCCACGACCACGACGUCCCUAGCGACGCCCCACAACAUCGAGAACAUCCUCAACAGGCCGAGCCCCAUGAUGACGUCGGCGGCGGCGGCGUCGGCGGCGGCGGCGUCAGCGGCGGCCGCGGGGCUCUGCGGCGUGGGGCAGAUGGGCGGCAUGUCCAGUCUCAGGAGCCUCGGCGGUUCCAUGAGCCUCUACAGCGGCUUGGCAGGGAAGAUGGCUGACCUGGCCCGCCCCGCCACCAUAUACUGGCCCGGGGUGCAAGGGAUGCUGCAGAACCCCCUCUUCUGGAGGGAGAGGAUACAGUCGACACAUGGUCUGCCGACGAUGACUUUGGACAAAGAUGGCAAGAAGAAGCACACGAGGCCAACCUUCAGCGGGCAGCAGAUCUUCGCCCUCGAGAAGACCUUCGAACAGACCAAGUACCUGGCAGGACCCGAGAGAGCCAAGCUGGCCUAUGCCCUUGGCAUGACGGAGUCACAGGUCAAGGUGUGGUUCCAGAACCGGCGGACAAAAUGGCGGAAGCGCCACGCCGCCGAGAUGGCCACGGCCAAGCGGAAGCAGGAGGAGGCCGUCGACGGCUACGGCGACGACGACCAGGAGGAAGAGGACGACCACUCCGACUCCAAGCGACUCAAGCACAACAACCUCGACGACCGCGAGACGUCCCAGCAACUCGGAGGAGGAGGAGUUGGCAUUGGCGGUUCCUCUUCCGCAGGGCAUCCCCAGCCGCAAGCGGCGGCGGUGAUGUCCCAGAGUCACCUCCAACAGCCUUCGCUGCCUCCUCUCCAGGGGCACGGGAUUCCGGGGCACUCCGGAGGGGCGGGGCCCUUAGACCAGCUGGACUGUUCCUCGGGCAGGGAAUUGCCCGACAUGCACUGAAGGAGAGGAAGGGCUUCCCAAGAAGGGCGCCGCGCUUCUCCUCUUCCUCCUCGCUCCCUUGUGGAGCUGUUCGAUGGAACUGUUGUAAAUUCGGGUACAGAGGCCCCUUCCCCCUUCCCCCUCCCGCCCUCCCGCACUCUUAUCUCUUCACCUUGGCGUCAUAUGUGUUUCCAGGAAUCCAGAAGAAUCCAGUGUCUUCUCUCCGGCGUCAGAUGUGUUUCCAGGAAUCCAGGAGAAUCCAGUGUCUACUCUUCGGCGUCAGAUGUAUUUCCAGGGAUCCAGAAGAAUCCAGUAUCUACUCUCCGGCAUCAGAUGCUUUUCCAGGAGUCCAGAAGAAUCCAGAAAAAAGACGGGAACUGUGGUCUGUCUUCUCUCCGGCGUCAGAUGCUUUUCCAUGAAUCCAUAAAGAAGAAUCCAGAAAAAGGACUGGAAUUGUGGUCUUUCUAACCCUCGGCGUCGAAUACAUCUCCAGGAAUCCAGAAGAAUCCAGAAAAUGGACGUUAAUUGUGGGCUGCCUUCUCUCUGGCGUCAGAUGCUUUUCCAGGAAUCCAGGAAAUGGACUGGAACUGUGGUCUGUCUUCUCUCCGGCGUCAGAUGCUUUUCCAGGAAUCCAGAAGAAUGCUUUUCUAGGAACACAGAAAAAUCCAAAAAGAAGAUUCCAGAAAAUGGAUUGGAAUUGUGGUCUGUCUACUCCCCUGGCGUCAAAUGGCCUCCGGGAAUCCCGAAAGUAGACUGGAAUCCAGAGGAAGGCCUGGUUGUGGUUUACCCGAAGACGAGUCCUGGAAGGUUGGAAGUAUUAGGCGCAUACGAAGAGGGAAAAUUAUUGUUAUUAUAUUUUUUGCGUUUCAUCUCGAGGGAAGGAAGGAAUCCGGCUUCUCGUGACUUAUUAUAUGUUACAAUAUAGAUUUACGCAAUUCUUCAAAGCUCUGAUUUCUAUCCGCAAACAAACUUGGAAACUGCCGCCAUUUAGCUGUGAAUCGUUUUUUUUUAUAGGCCUAUACUCUUCAGUAGCCUCGAAAAACUUGAAAAACAAAACAGCAGUUUAGCAGUGAAUUGUUUUUUUUAUAGGGCUAAUCCGCAAUUUAGCUGUGAAUUUAUAUUUGUCGAGGCCUAUACUCUUCAGCAGUGCUGAAAAACUCCGAAACAAAGCAGUAAUCUAGCAGUGAAUCGGCUUUUUUUUUUUUUUGUAUAGGCCUACUCCAUACUUUCUGUGAAUUUUUUUCUAUAGGCCUAUACUCUUCAGCAGCGCCGAAAAACUUGCACAUCAAUAUAACAAAGAAUUGGUAUUUUUAUAGGCCUAACCCGCAAUUUAGCUGUGAAUUUUUUUGCAUAGGCCUAUACCCUUCAGCAGUGCCGAAAAACUUGGAAACAAAGCAGCAAUCUAGCAGUGAAUCGGUGUUUUUAUAGGGCUAAUCCGCAAUUUAGCGGUGCAUUUUUUUUUAUAGGCCUAUACUCUUCAGCAGUGCCAAAAAACUUGGAAAACAAAACAGUAAUCUAGUUGUGAAUCGGGUUUUUUUUGUAUUGGCCUACUCCAUAUUUUAGCUGUGAUUUUUUUUUCUAUAGGCCUACACUCUUCAGCAACGCCGACAAACUUGGAAAACAAAGCCGCAGUUUAGCAGUGAAUAUUUUUGUAUGGGCCUACUCCGUAUUUUAGCUGUGAUUAUUAUUUUGUAUAGGCCUAUACUUCAGCAGCAGCGCCGCCCUCACAUGAACCUGAACUACUGAACAACUGAACAACAGCAACCAUGAACAAACAUUCCACCGCUGUAUUUUAUACUGGAACCAGAAGUUCCUCGCGCGAAUGUUCCACGCAAAUCGAGCUUUUUACUUGCAAUGCAAUUUGUGAUAUAUGUAGCCAAGCACCGGAGGUUUUAUAAAGGAAAAGAAAAGCAAGGGAGGAUAUCAUAAUAUAUGAUAAUAUAAUAAUUAUAAUGAUAAUGAUAAUAAUAUAGAUACUUGCGCUUGAAGUCCAAUUCUUUGAUAAAAAAAUAUCGCAGUGGGAGUAACCGAGUUAUUCCUGAAGCUUUCUGAAAUUCAAAUUCACCUGUCAUGUUAUACCUGUCAUGUAUCUGGAUUAUCGAGGACACAGUUACCCCCACCACCUCCACCCUUUUUCAUCUCUAACCUCCUACCAAUACCCCUCCAUAAACAACCCCCUACCAAUACCCCUCCAUAAACAACCCCCUUCCCCUCCAAAUGUACUGGCGUGCACCGAGAUACCUAUGUAUUAAAUGGACGCUGAAAUCAAAUGGUAUUCUUGCGAUCACCAUGAAAGCACUUUCAGUGCUUGCAUAAGGCGUGUCACAUCUUCGGAAGAUGGAGAAUGUACGCGUUUAUGUAUUACGGCAACUGUAUGUAACAUAAUAUACGUUACAUAAACAUUACUUUUGUUACAGUUGAGCUCGGGAAAUGAUAAGUACGAUACGAGUAUGUCUGUGAUUUUAGUAAGCGUAUUCUGCCUGUCUAUCGAAAAAUAAGCUGUUCUGUGAAUCUCUGUCUGUAUAUAGGUACGGUGACUGAACAGUUAAAAAAAAAAAAAAAAAAAAAAAAAAAAAAAAAAAAAAAAAAAAAAAACUUGAUAAGAUUUGCUAAUUGUGAGGAAAUGACGACGUAUGUAGUUGCAAAAUUCAUCCUUUUAUCAAAGGCUGAGAAUGGCCAUUUUUUUUAUUAUACAAAUCAUUAAUUCAAUAUUCGCCGAAUAUAUUUUUGUCCAAUACAAUUUGCAACUUAAGAGCGCUUGAUAAAUAAGGACAAGAAUUAAUUUUGAAAGACGCGACAUAAUGUUGUUUAUUUCAUUUGAAUUUUAUAUUUCAAUAAAGUCAUCUUAUCGAAAUAUUUCCCGUCCCCCUCCUUCCCCUUCCCCAUUUACGGUCCUGUUUGGACAGACAGACGAAGAAAUCAUUAGACAAUUUUAACCUCAGUGAAUAUUACGUACACGUUGAUGAAUAGUCUAUUUUGUUUAACCAUCCACAACCGGAAUAAUAUACUGUUAUAAAAGUUAUAAAAACAGUUUUUUUUUCAGAAACUUCGUAAAAAAUACUACUGUGUCCUCCUCAAUUUUUUUUUAACUAUUGAUAAAGUCAGUAGUGUUUUUUACCGUUUGUUCAGAAGCUUUUGGAAUGAACUACGGUGCCUUCCCUAUUUUAUUUUAUUAUUUUUUUUUUUAAAUCUACCGCAAAUUGAUCUUGAGCUGACGUUUACCGCAAUGCCGUCAGCUGAUACUAGCUGACAGGAGACAGAUAAACAAAACAACAGACAAGGUUUUUUAGCCCAAGAUACAAGAAAACGGGAACAAAAAAACCACUCCCAGUGACUAUACGAUAUCCCUCAAAGUAGCAUUGCGAAAAAGUUACGCCGGUCGAAAAAUGAAAAAUAAAAUAUAAAAAAUCUAAUGGACUGGUAAACACCAAAUUUUAAAAUGUUGACAGAAAAAAACUAGUCCACGUGUUUAAAAAAUCCGAUUGCUGAGAAAAUAGGAAAAAUGAAAAAAAGAAUCCUUGUAGCAUAUUAUAAUAGAGUUAAUAGAUAAAAACCUUCUUUUGUGUAUUUUGUAUAUAGUGUAGAAUUAAGUCAUGUUGAAAAAAAAUAAUUAAGAAUCUGUUUCAUAUUUAGUUUUAAGGAAAAUCCAAAAUAAAAAAAUAAAAAUCAAGAAGAAGAAUGAGACGAAAUAUUCACGCGAUACUGAUAAAAAAUGAUAAUAAUAUUAAUAUAAUACUAAUAAUAAUAAUAAUAACAAUAACUAUUUAUCAUUCGAAAUCAGUGAUUCCUUGAGCCUCCUCAUUCUCUCGUGCGGUACGGUACGGUCGAUGUUGCCAGUCACUUCUGAUGAGAUUUUAGCCCUUAAGUCAUUGUGAUAUGGCGUCCCCCAAGGCCGGCAUUUUGUCCUAGAGUGUUAAGGUGAACACAAGGUCAUCCCCCUUCCCCAACGCCCCCCUGCAAUAAACAAAUAAAAAAAGAUAUAAACGGGAGGGGGACACGCCGCUCCCCUCAACCCCCCCUCUCUCUCAACAGGAGUAAUAAUAAUAAUUAAUAAUAAUAAUGAUAAUAAUAAUAAUAAUUAUAAUAAUAAUAAUGAUAAGAUUUAGUCAUGGCCGUUAUACUGUCGAAAUACCUUUUGCUAAUAUAGACUCUCGUCUCUAUGAAAGAUUAGUUUAAUAAUCAUUUUUUUUAUGUUGAUACUGCAACAUGCAGCCUGCAACCCCUACACUUUUAUGAACACUUAAAGCUUCGCUGUGAGUUGCAGUGGUCGAGAAUGUGUUAAUAAAAAAUCCAAUUUUGUUAAUUCAAUUAAAACAUUUUUUUUUUCAUCACUGCGAACUUGUUCGUGUUAGCCUGACGCUACAGAAAUGGUCAAUGGUCUCACAAAUACACACAGAGAAACCCACGAGGUCAUCUGUCAAUUUUUUUUUUAUUAAGUCACUUGUAAAUAUACGAAUCUCCCGUAAUGUAACGUAUUUCAUGGGACCCACCAUUUCUGCUCAGGUCAUAGGUCAUCAUGUCAUUAAAAGCAGCAUUUUUAUUUCUCCGUCAUCUAUUAAGUUAUGAUUGAUCUUCUAUGUCUCAUAAAUAUGCUUUUAACACUUGUUUCUCUCUCUGUCUCUCUCUGUCUCUGUCUCUCUCUCUCUCUCUCUCUUUCUCUCUCUGUGUUCCCUCGUUACGUGCAUAACUCACGGAUGAUAACUGGUUAAUUAACUGGUGUUUUGUGACAAGAGCUGAAAUGUAAUUAACAUGUUUCCUCAUCAUGAUAAUUAUCAUUAUACCAAUAAAAAUAAAA